AUGGUGACAUUCAACUGUGAAGUGUGCAACGACACCGUUCCAAAGAAGAACACCGAAAAGCAUUACUACCGUUGUCCAGACGCAUACUACACAUGCAUCGACUGUAAUAAGACCUUUGAUGACGGUGUGUCAUACAAAAAGCACACGCAGUGUAUUUCUGAGGACGAGAAGUACCAGAAAUCCCUAUACAAGGGGAAGAAGAAUAACCAGAAUAAGGCUGCCAAGCCAGAGCGUAGUCCUAAAGAAAAGAAGGCAGAAGAGGUAAGUCCUCAAGAGAAGAAGAAGACAGAAGAAGCUAAGCCGGAAUCCAAGCCCAAGACUUCGAAGUCAAAGUCCAAGACUCCACUUGUCAAAGGCGAAUCCCUGUACAAAAUCCUAAAGACCAUCAAGAACAAGGACGAGAAGAAGGCCUUGCUCAAGAAGCUGAUCGUGAAAACCGAAAAGGAAAUCGAAUUGCAAUAG